UGUACUUGCCUACCUGACCCUGCCUGUCUUUUCAUCGAUUCCUUCCCACUUCUGCCGCCGCCUAGUUGCAUUGCGGCCGGUGCACUGACCCACAGGCCACCACCACCAGCACGCAGCGCGGCGCUUCCCUUCCCUGGUAGGAGAGUGACUAGUACUCCGCCCAAUUGAUAGGUACACGACGGCGUAGAUCCGUCCGUCCGUCCUUCCAUUCCAUUCACACUUUCACAGUACAGUACUACGGAAGAGAGGAGAAGAUUGCAAGAAGGGACACAGGCCAGAGGAGGAGGAGAAGCCCGAUGAGGGGGGAAGCCAACGGAGGGGGGGAGGAGAGGCGGCGAGGUGAAGAGCACGAGGACGACGACGAGGAGGAGGAGCAGCAGCGGCCGGCCGAGGGGUCGGUGCAGCAGAGUCAGCACAGACAGAGCCAGAGGACGGCGAGGCCUUCCUCCGGGCCGCAGCCAGCGCUGCCCGCGAUGAGGAACGUCGGGUACGUCGGCAAGCACCGCCUCUCCGCCGCCAUCGCCCGCCUCGACCAGGAGCUCCAGUCGCUCCAGGAUGAACUGAAUGAGCUUGAAAGCAUGGAACCCGCAUCAGCAGCAUGCCAGGAAGUGAUCACAAGUACAGAAGGGAAACCUGACCCGCUUCUUCCUAUCACCUGUGGUCCGGAGAAUUCUUCUUGGGACAGAUGGUUUCAGCGGGUCCGCAGCUCCCGCAGCAACAAAUGGUGGGCAUCCAAAGGUUCUGACUUCUCCUAGUUUCUGCAGAGAUGAGAUCAUCAUCAGUUGUGUGCAGAUUAAACCAGUUCAAAUGUGUCAUCCAUUGGUGUCUAGGCAAACAGAAUACGAGACGACGUCGAUUGUGGUGUGGUUCUCGGAACACCUGAUAAUUUUUUUGAGAGAAUUGUUGUGUAUGUAGUAAUCCCUAACAAGAACAUCGAUGUAUCCACAUCAGACCUGAUUGGUUGUUCACAAGAUAGUCUGAAGAUCAUUUUCCCACAAGUUCGGACUAGCUCUGUCGGAUUCCGAUGGUUAUGUAAUGUUGCAUGUUCUUUUUGCAAACGUGAAGAUGCCACAUUGUCAUUGAAAAGUAUCAGAAAGAACACCAGGUCUAUAACAUUGCGUUGUGCUUUUUA